GUGUCACUGUAACCUCACACAAACACACCUAAAUGAAACUACACACACUCACACACACGCCCUCAUGACGGCAAUGGGCGGAGCCUCUUCGUGGCUUCUAGUAUUUGUUUAUCGUGGCUGUGGAGUCAUUACGCACAGGGAGCUGCACCAGGGCGCAGUGGGGACAAACUGGACUGUUUUUCCAGAUUAGUCCUGAUGCUGUUGCUUUGAAGGAAAAAACGCUGUCCUGGUGUUUUAUAAUGACUGACGGGUAGAACUGUCUGACCCUAGAUGAAAAGAAGAUUAGAUGAUUUUUCAGAGUCAUACCAGAUAUGAUUCCUGUUUUUAGUGCUGCAUAGGAACAUCGGGCCCUCAAUGAGAUGUCCAAAGGACGGCUGACCUCUGACCCUCGUGCCAUGGAUGUCCAUCUGCAGGCCAACGCUCAGCUCCACUAUGGGGUCAAUGGGGCUGCAAGUCAAAACUCCAGGCCGGGUGAUGAAGCACUGCAGUUCCUGAGCCCAGCAGAGCAGGAAUGCCUCCAGUUCUUUGAGGAAACCAUCGACUCAUUGGAGGAGAGUUUGGAGCAGGAUGAGCUGAGGCCCCAGCUGGAAAAGCCCCAUGAAAGCAGCAGCAGGAGGCCUGUUGAAGAGGUGGAUGGACCUCCAACCUCUAGUCCCAAACCUGGGGUCACUGUCUCAUCCCUCCUAGCCAGAGCAACAAGUGCAAAAGACCAUGAUAUUAUUGACCUGGUCCGGCCAGAACCAGACUUAGUGCAGACCAAAGAACCAGUCUUCAGUCCCACCAAUCCAGAUUUCCAGACUAUACUGCCGACUCCAGACAGCCACUUUGAAAUAAAGCCGAGACGUGAUCCGAUGGACACCUUGCCCUCAGAGUACAACCCUCCCCUACCGAGUGGCAGCUACGGUCCAGAUAGCCUUGCCUCCUACCAUCCUCCAGGGUGUAUCCCCACCCCGGUCCUGAUUGCCCAAAAGAUAGCUGAGAACCAGGCGGGGCCAACCUCCAGCAUCCACCCAUCUGUGCUUCUUCGACGUUGUAGCCUAGAAUCUGAAAAGUCACCAAGUCAAAGUGCUGAUCUUCCUGUCAAACAUGGUCCCCCUACCUCUGCCAAGCCUACACGCUUCCCUGCAAACAUUAGUGUCAUUCUUGGUAACAAGGAGCACCAGAAUGAGUCGCUGGCUAAUGUGAACAUCCAGGAGAGACGAGCGCAGAUGUUGGCAAAUCUAACAGGGACAUCACACCCUUUACUUCAAGAGGAUCCUCAACAAGCACAGAAAGAAAGAAAUACUCCCACUCGCAGUGUUUCCUUCAGGGACCCAACACCUGACAAAUCAAGGAUGGAGGCGUUGUCUAAACUGGGGUUGACCAGGAACAGAGCAAUGUCAGGGGGUAUGUCACUCCCACAUAACCCACUGGAGCCCCUCAAAGGAGCAGAAAGUAGCAAACCUGUGGAGGAUGAUGGUGUCCCGGCAGCAGAAACCAGCUUAAAAGAACCAGAGAUUAGUGUGACGUCACCAACUCAGACACAUGUGGACAGAAAACCAGAGAUUCUGCAAACAGAUCCUGCCAAGAUCCAUGAUGACCAGUACCCAUCACCUCCAGCCUUUGUGCACAGAAAUUAUUCUCCACCUCCACCUCUAGAAAUCAAACCACCUCUCACCCCUCCAUCUGAGGUUUCGUCACCAGAAUUUAACAGCUAUGGAGGGAAAUCCAUCGUGGUCCACCCUCCUAUUUCCUCCAAGGGUGAAACUACAACCUCUCCAACCAGCCCUGAAUUCAAAACCCUCCCACCAGCACUGGCAAACCCCACCGAGUUCAACACAUACGGAGGAAAGUCAAAAGUCUUGACCCCCACCCCUGUGGCUGUGACAAGGAGCGACCUUCCAGACAUCCUCAGCUCCCACAUAGACAAGACACAAACCUUACCUGCCAGAUCGGACCCACUACCCAUUGAUCUCAACAGCUAUGGAGGAAAGAGCAGAACCUUCAACCCUUCCGCUAAGUUAAAUCCUCCUGCAGAUAGCCCGGCAAGGACUUCUAAAGUGCCAGCCCCAACUCCAGCUCCAAGACCACCUCGGCAUUCCUACCACGGCAUUCCUACCAGUGUCCCGAAAGCCCAGCGAGCCCCAUCUCCUGAUCACAGACGGAGACCUGCCUCGAUGUUCCGUCCCCAGGGCAUCACUGUACAGUUUUCUGGGAGAGGAGCAACGGAUGAAUCACGAAGGGAGGCAUUGAGGAGACUGGGGCUGUUAAAAGAUUCUUGAUGAACUCUAGAAAAUGUAUUGUUUAGUGUGUACCAGUUGAGCUGGAAUCUCUGGUGUGUACCUGCGGGUGGAUGUGACUCGCAAAGUUUCUGUGGCUGAGGUGUGGCAGGAAAGAGACCUACUUUUACAGAAGAAUGGUGUCUGAUACUACACAGACUUGCACAGCCAGUUCUCACUUCCUCCUGCUGUACACUCCACACUAUAUCUGUGACAGCGUCUUGACAGAUAAAUCACAGCAAUUUUACAUGGCCUCUAAUCUAAGACAUUGUACACCUCUACACAAGAUACUGUGGAGUGAUCCAUGGUGCAAGGAGAGGUGUUCACUUCCUGCAGAAUUCUGGAAAUUGGUCCUGCCUUGUCGGUUUGCCACAUUGUGGACCCUGUUUCCUAAACAUUUUAAAGAAUAACACUGAAAACUCAACAAAUCCAAAAAAAUAACACAAAUUAAUCUGUCUCUCAAAACUAGAAAAAAAAGUCAGUAAUUUCCUAAAACACUUGGGAACUGAAGUGAAUCACUAGUUGCAAAUGUACUCAUUUGUGUAGGACUAUUUCAAGUGGUGGAUUAACCCACAUUUACAAUAUUUUACAUCAGGACUUUUCUCUUUUGGAUACACGUUGUAGGCAAAUCAGUGCAGUGUUGGUUUUGAUGAUGGGAUUGAAUGAAAAGAAGAAAAUAAUAAAAUACACUCAGGCUUAUUCUUUUAAGGCUAAGUUGAUUUAUGGACUUACAACAGGGCAAAGAUCAUAUUUGUCUUCACACGAUCUUUAGAAACCAUGAUUUAAUGUAUUACAAAACUGUAUAACCUACCAAAGGGGACAAAUGUUUAUGUGGCUUGGAAUCCAAGGAACACUGAAGCCUUUUGUUAAUUUUAGUAGUGUCAUAUAAAUUGGACUGACAUAGGCCUCAUGGGUUUUCCCUUAUUUUUGAGUUAACAUAUAGUUUUACUGCUAAUACUUGUCCGAUUUUAAAUAAAUUUCAACACAAAGUAAAGGUCAUACGGCAAAUAAAAAUAAGUACUGCACCAAGUAAUGCACUACAAAAUACACAAACUGACACAUCAUCCACUCCUUCAGGUGUAUCCAUAUUUGGAAGCCUUUAUCAUACCUGUUACACAGGAUUCUUUUUUGGUUUCACUGCUUUUUUUUCAUAUUUAGUUGGAUUUUUCUUUAUUUUUUUUAUCGCUUUGCAAAGUUGAAAAAGCACUUUUCUGUAGAACAGUUCUGAAAGAUCUGAAUAUAUUCUUAAGAACUAGGAGAUACAAAGAUGCAACAGAAAAGAACAAAACAGAGCCAAGAAACAAGAGUCGUCGCAGUCAGUGCUUAUAUUACUUGUAUUAAGUCUGAUAUAAAAAAGGCAUCUAAAUGAAAGGGCCUGGGUUUCAUAGAAGAUGUAAAGCUGAGCUGAACUGUAGGAUAUUUUUACCACACAGACAAACCUCCCACACCAAACCACAGUCUGUGGAAUGGGUUUGAGGGUUGGACUUUUACUUUUUUACUAUGCAGAGGGAAUACUUUAAAGCUGCUGUUUAGGGUUGGGCGAACACAUGGCAUUGUACAAAACACAAGCACUAAAACCGCAGAAUCUAGAAAUACAUCCUGGGUGACUUAAGGGGGUUUUAUUUCUGUUGAUAUUUGUGACAUUUACGUGUGUUAUUUAACUGUCAUUGUAGCGUAAGCAUGUAAGUCUAUGUAUGUAUGUAUGUGUAUGUCUGUUUACCGUGUUUUAUCCAGACUCCGGCCUCUGUAGCUUAUCUACAGCAACUUCUGAAGUUUAUAGUUUCACAUAGAGGUGCUACAGUAAAUCUGAGCCCAAAUGUGUGAAUACUUUUGUGAAUUUUGUUUACAGACUCCGUCGCUCUGUAGUUCAGCUACAGUUUUUUUGAAGUAUCUAAUGGUGCAUACGUACAGAUCUGUAUAACACACCUACUUUAGAGAUAAAUAUUUCUGUCGAGUGUGCAGAUUUGCAUCCAUGUGCGAUAAAUGGGAAGAUCAGUCAGCUAAAAGUUGCUGCUAUCGUGCAAUAGCCUGUACGCUUACUUAUGAAUAUCCUACUUGUUAACUGUAUAUACUCAUGCGCUUAAUUAUGUAAUGUUGACUUUUUGUUUAUCAUUAAACAGAACAAUGUAAUUC